CAAUUCCAUAAAAAAAAGUACAAACUGCAGUGCAUUAAAUCAAUUUGAAUUGAAGUGUUUUUCACAUUUGACGUACACAUGCAUUUGAAUAUUUUCCUUUAAUGUUUCUAUUUUGAUUUAAUAAAUUCACUUGUGUGUUUAAAAAUAAUUUAUGUGCAAAGACAACGCUGCCUACGUACACGUCAAACUUUGGGCGUGCUCUUACUACGAGUAUAUUCUCGUCAACAACAGCAACAAGAAUAGAAAGUUUUCCGGCGCAACGCCAACGACAACACGCCGCGACGCGCCCACGCGCCUCACAAACAAAACACAAAGUAAAACCGUAAAAAAACAAGAACUAAAUCGCACAAUGGCAAGCCAGAGCAGUCCGACGAACGGAAAUGGCAACGCCAGCACGACAAAUGUCGUCGCAUCACAGUUUAGCAACGAACUGCUGCGCUGUCUCGUGCAAACGCACAGCACAGACAAUGUUAUCGUAUCACCGUUACAGCUGGAGGCUUUGCUCACGCUACUCUAUCUCGGCAGCGAUGGCAGCACCGCGGAGGAGCUCCAGCGCAUACUACAGCUGGCACGUUACGCCAGCAAUGCGAAAAUGGCCAACCACUUUGCGACGGAACUGCAGCUGAGCACGGACCCCGCAGCUGAUACGCACAUGCAGUUAUGCAGUGAGUUGUUGCUGCCGGCGGUUUUGGAAAUCAGCGAUGAAUUUCGCAAAAUCGCCCAAAAAUAUUUCCACACAACAACAGUGCAACGAGAUUUAUGCAGCAUCGCGAAAUUGCGCGCACAGCUCGAUGAGGAUUUGACGAAAGCGACAGCCGAUGGCUAUGCGUGGCGCAUCAGUGAUGCGCUUUUGUCCACGGUCACGGCGCUCGAAGCGUCCACAGCUAUCGCCUUGGCGGCGGUGCACUUUCAGAAUAAAUGGUUUCUGCCAUUCAGCGCGUACCGCACCGGGUUGUAUGACUUUCAGUUGAGCGCAGAUGAGGCGCCUGUGGCGAAUGGCGACUCACCGCCGUUGGCUACUGCUGGGCCAGCGUCCGUGGCGGUGCCAAUGCUCUUCGAUGAUGAUAUGUUCGUGAAGUUUGCUGAGUUGCGUGAGUUGGAUGCGCGUGCGAUUGAGCUGCCGUAUGAACAUGACGACGAGUUGGCCAUGUUGGUGGUGCUGCCCAAUCGGCGUGAUGGCCUGGCGGCAUUAGAGCAACAGUUGCAUGCGCUGGAUCUCAAUGUGUUGGUGGAGCGCAUGCAAAUGGAGAGUGUACAGGUGCUUUUGCCAAAGUUCAAAAUCGAUUUUGAGUGUAGCCUGCGGCGUACUUUGGAGCAGCUCGGUCUCACAACGAUCUUUUCCAAGGCAGCAAAUUUCAAAAACAUGCUGUCGGCGAACUCCACGAGCUCCUUAACGUUUUCGGAUAUUCUACACAAAGUCUGUAUAGAGGUGAACGAGUCGGGUACGGAAGGUGCAAGUAGUGCGGCCGCCUACAAACCAAUUAUGAUCAGCAACUCCAUCGACUCCCGCAAGAAAUUCUUUCGUGCCGAUCAUCCAUUCUAUUUUGCCAUACGAAGUCCGGAGGCGACGUAUUUCGUGGGACACGUUACAAAAUUUUGAGUAAUUUCUCGCACUUCUAGUCCAAAGAGAAUUGAUUGUAAUUUAAUAAUGUAAUUUAAUACUUACGUGUUUCUUUAUGAAUACAUAUACAUAUAAUACAUAAACUAAUAUAUAAAUAAUUAUUUUGUUAUAUAAAAAGUGCCAGAGAUAUUAAACGAAUUCUCAGUUAUAACUAUUUAUGCUCAUAAACAGUUAAUCCAUAGAGUGUAAGUUCUCAAAGAGAGAAAAAGGAAAUAAAACAGAUU